AACCCUGUUACAGGUGCACUGAGGAGAUUUCCCUAUAAAACAUGAAUGAGUUUUCUCAAAUAUGAGAAUACUAGAUUCUAGUAUUUUCUUUACGUUUGAAUUUACUAAUCGGGGAAUAACUGAUGUGAUGGGUAACUACAAGAGAAUAAUAGCAAAGUAAGUUUCCAAAUUAUAUAUAAAGAAAUGAGAGAAUUAAAGAUUAGAUACUAAAACAAUCCAUACGAACACAGUCGAUAUUACAAUUGCAUUACAAGUUUCAUUUCAAUAUUCAUUCCAUACAGUUUCUCGAACUCCACUGGACUGGUCUGGUAUUUUUUUAAUUAUUUAUUUUCUUCUGAAAUUCAUAAAACUAUAAUUUAACUGAGAAGAGCCGUUGCCGGUCACAUGUUUAAAAGCGGACUUCCCCACCUCUCGUUCAAAGGAUAACGCUUCGUUCAUUCGUACUUCAAUUUCUCCGACCGCACUCUAUGGCUACCUGUUCUUAUCUUCUCAACCAUGUCCAGAUUAAAGGAUGGCUAUGGCCCUCGAGGAUGAGGAUACCCAAGCAUACAAAUCCCACUGUCACUGAAAGCUUCAAGACAACCAGUAAAAGCCAUCCAAAGCAAGGGCUCCUAAUUGCACAAUGUUCCUUAUGUUUGGUCCAAGUUGGAGCUUCUCCUCCUAGCAUUGCAUUAUCACCAUUAUACUUACCUCCUUCAGGGGAGCCAUCGCAUAUUACGGAUGCAGUUUCCAGCAUUCUUGGAAUUGGUAUGCCAGACACAUCACAUACUCUCUCAAAUUUAAUGCACAAGCUGGUUUUGGCAGAUUUGGACCCUGCUACAGCAAAGCUUGCUAUUGGAUUUCUAGGCCCUUUUUUCUCACUAUUUUCUUUUCUGUUUAUCAUAAGAAUAGUCAUGUCCUGGUACCCCAAAAUUCCAGUGGGGAAGUUCCCUUAUGUUGUAGCUUAUGCCCCUACAGAGCCACUUCUCAUCCCAACCCGGAAGUUGAUACCGCCUUUAGGCGGUGUGGAUGUAACCCCUGUGGUCUGGUUUGGAUUGAUUAGCUUCCUGAAUGAGAUAUUGGUUGGUCCGCAAGGGCUGCUUGUGCUUCUCUCUCAGCAGGUUAAUACCUAACAUACUUAGCUGAACAACAUGCUACUGAUGCAGGUAGUAGUAUAUGUAUCGUUACUUAUGUUUGACAA